AUGACUAGGAAGAAGGUCAAACUAGCAUGGAUAACGAAUGAUAGUGCUAGGAAAACCAGCUUCAGAAAAAGGAAGGAAGGCCUGUUGAAAAAAUUGAGUGAGUUGAGCAUCUUGUGUGACGUGAGUGGCUUUGCCAUUAUUUAUGGCCCAGACGACAAGGAGCCGGUUGUGUGGCCUUCACGCCCAAUUGCAGAAGAAUUGCUCGCAAGGUUUCAGAGGAUACCAGAAGUAGAUCGGUGCAAGAAGAUGAUGAACCAAGAGACAUACCUUAAUGAUAGGUUAGCUAAAUUGAAAGAACAACUGACAAAAACUCACAGAAAGAACAAAGAGAUGGAGAUGAACAUCAUCAUGUCCCAAAUUCAAGAAGGUAAACCAUUGAAUGAAUUUGGAGCUUGUGAACUGACUUGUUUGGUUUUGUUUUUGGAGGAGAAGAUAAAAGAGAUCUGGAAACGGAUCAAGUACCUCGGGCAUGAGGCAAAUCUUCCCUUAGGUGCUUUUUCCCCUCAUGAGGGUGGGGAUGCGGAAAACACCACUGUCCCCGAUGAAUGGAACCCUACAGAGUCUUCGUACAAUUAUUUUAGCAAAGAAAAGGGGAAGCAAAGUCAGAACAUGUCUGUUGCUACUGCUAGCAGCAGCAAUGUUAUGGGUAACAUGGGUUUGCCACCACAUGCAUCUUUUGGCAGCACUUCUGGUAUUAAUGUUUCUAAAGAGAUGAGGCUGCUUAGUGAGAACUUUGGAAUGAGUAGAUCAAGUGAUAUAGGGUUUAUGUUUGGAAAUAUUAAGGGUGACAUGAGCAAUGUUGGAAAUUGGUCUUAUGAGAAUUUGGGAGCGAGCAGUGAUGGAAGUGGUAUAGGGUUGCCUCAUGUGAAUAAUGGGUUACUGCAAACUCAUUAUGGGAAUGUUAAUGGAAGUAGCAGUAGUAAUGUGAGAAAUGACGCGGAGGAUAUUGGAGGGAUUAAUGGAGGAUAUGAUAAUAUAGAGGAACAUAUACCUCAACCUAGUAACAUAACAGGGGGUUUUGGAAGCAAUGUUGGGGUGCCUCAUGGAGCUGGUAGUGAUACAGGACUUCCAAAUGGGGUUAUCUGGAGAGAGUAA